AUUCUGUGAUUCUGUGAUUCUGUGAUGGCAGCCCUGCACCUGAUUGCCUAUUUGUAAAGCAUCAGUUACAUAAUGGCCAGACUUUACAUGUACCUUUGUGUUUCUCUAAUGCACUAGGGACUAGAAAGCUGUUCUAGGUGGUCAGUGGGGUGUUUUAUUUAUUUAUUUGCUUGUUUGUCUAAUCUUUCACUUGCUGCUCAUGGAGAGGGGAGCUGGAAGAGCAAUAGUGAGACAUUACAAAUGCAGCUGCAGACAAACAGACUAAAAGCUGUUCAGAACUACCUGAAGUUACUGCAGCUUAGAGAAGUCCCUGUUACAGAAGUCCUAUUCCUAGGACUGGAAAAACACUUUCUUCUCUGUUUUCCCUUCCCUACUAGAUCAUUUUCAAAGCAUAGUCUUUCUAGUACUCCAGAUUCAGUCUUUUCCCUCUGGGAAGAUGACUGAGAGACAGUUUUCAGGGUAAGCUGUCAUGAGUGCUUUUGUGCUUGUUACACUGAGUAGUAAGUUGGUGGGUGACAACACAUAAGCUCAGAAGGCUUGUGGUUGGGUUCACCUUAAAGAAUCUCAAGUCAGCUUGUUUGCUUGAUUAGCAAAUGCCCUACGCAUCUCCAAUUUCUCUUCUCAUUCCCCAGAUACAUGUUUGUCAGUUAGAGAACUGCACAGCAGCUGAAGAUGUCACUCCUCUUUAUGUGACAUCUCCUAGGAAGAUUGUAGCUGAUCCCUAUAAUGGGUAUAUUUUCUGUCUUCUGGAAGAUGGCAUAUACAGAGCAAACCUUCCACUCUUUCCUGAGACUGCCUCAGCAGCUUCACUAGUUGUGAGAUCCCACACUUUGAGAGACUUCAUGAUCAACUUCCAGUCUAAGAGACUUAUUUUCUUCAACAAAACAGAACAGGCCUUUGUGUCAGGUUUUCUUGAUGGUUCAGAAUUUCACACUCUGCGAUCACACGUGCCACUUGAUUACAUGGAGAGCUUUGUUUAUGAGGAUAACAUAUUUACUGUCACAGAUGGCCGGGCAGUCUUCCAUGAGGAGAUCUCGCAAGUGGAAAGUUCUAGCUUCAAUGAGUAUGUUGUAGAUUGCAGUUUGGAAUAUCCAGAGUAUUUUGGCUUUGGCAAUUUGCUUUUCUAUGCAGCAUCAACACAGCCUUUUCCUUUACCAACUCUUCCUCGGCUUGUCACAGUGCUAUUUGGAUUAGAUCAAGCAGUGAUCAGCUGGAGUCCACCUGAACACGCUAUUGGAACCAGUUGGUCUGCUUGGCAGAACUGGACCUAUGAUGUGAAAGUGUCGUCUCAAAGUCCUUCUGAGGAGGAAUGGGUUGUCUCAAACAUUACUAACACCAGGUUUACCGUGAAGGAUCUGGUCAACUUCACAGAGUAUGAGAUGUCAGUCAGAGCUGUGUCUCCUGCUGGUGAAGGACCAUGGUCAGAGCCAUUUAGAGGCAAGACAUUUGAAGAAGCUGAAGAAGAACCAUACAUACUGGCAGUAGGGACAGAAGGGCUCUGGAAACAGCGGCUAGAUAGCUACGGGCAAGGAGAAUUCCUCCAUCCUGAUAUUAGAAAUAUUUCAGACCUCGACUGGUAUAAUGACACUCUAUAUUGGAGUAAUUCCAUGGGGAAAGUUCAGACCUGGUUGAUGAAUAAGAAAGAGGGUACCAUUGAGAAUGCUUGUGUGCCUGACAUCAAAAAUGCAAGAAUGCUGGCCUUUGAUUGGCUGGGACAAUGCUUGUAUUGGGCUGGCAAAGCAAAUACGAUAUACAGAAAACCACUGCUAGGAGGCCAUAUGGAUGUUGUGGCUCAUGUUGUAUAUGUAGUGAAGGAUCUAGUGGUGGAUUCAGUGAAUGGCUAUUUGUAUUGGGCCACAACAUAUACAGUGGAGAGUGCAAGACUGAAUGGAGAGGAGUACCUUAUAUUACAAGAGCAUCUACAGUUUUCUGGCAAGCAGGUGGUUGGUUUAGCUUUGGAUCUCACCUCUGGUUUUCUUUACUGGCUUGUGCAAGAUAGUCUGUGUCUAAACCUAUACAGAAUUUCUAUUUGCAAAGAAAGUUGUGGUAAUGUCAUAGUGACAGAAUUCUCAGGAUGGAGUAUUUCAGAAGUAUCUCAGAAUGCACUUCAGUACUACAGUGGUCGUCUGUUCUGGAUUAAUAGGCUUAAAUUCAUUACAACUCAGGAAGUCAACCAGAGUGUUAGUAUUCCCUUUUCAGAACCAGCUGAGUUUGCAGCCUUUACCCUUGUUCACACAUCACUUAAACCUCUGCCAGGAAAUUUCUCUUUUACACCAAAAGUCAUUCCAAAUUCAGUACCAGAAUCUUCUUUCAAGAUAAAGGGAAAUUCUUCAAGUUUUCACAUCAUUUGGAGUGCUUCCACAGAUGUGCAGUGGGGAACUGUCUUUUACUGCGUGGGAUCAAAUGUUCUACAAAUGAGGUCUUUGGAGAGUGAACGGUGCCUCCAUCCUCAUGACCUGACAGUUCCAUCCUACAAAGUUGAUUGGCUGGAACCAUUUGCACUCUUUGAUUUUAGUGUGACUCCAUACACAUAUUGGGGCAAGGCGCCAACAACAUCUGUGUACCUUCGAGCCCCUGAAGGAGUUCCUUCAGCCCCUGCAAACCCUAGAAUAUAUGUGUUGCAUAAUAACAUACAUGAAGGUGAAGAGAAAGUCCUUGUGGAGUUCAGAUGGGACAAACCUGAAAUGGACAAUGGAGUAUUAACACAAUUCAGAGUUUACUAUCAACUGUUGUAUCAGAGCGGUGCUGCUGACACUCUCAUGGAGUGGAAUGUGAGCGAUGUCAAACCCACUGUAUUGCUCUUUUCAAUCAGAGAUGUGCUUCCUAGGCUCACAGUAAGGUUUCAGGUGCAAGCUUUUACAUCUGUGGGCCCAGGACCUAUGUCUGAUGUAGUACAGAGGAAUUCAUCAGAGUUUUUCCCUGUCCCAAAUCUUAUAACUUCUUCCUUCAACAAGUUGUUUCUUACUGACAUAGACAAUAAUCAUACCAUAUGGGAAGUUCUAACAAAUACAAAUAUAAAGGAUAUCUGUUAUACUGCUAAUGAUGACAAAGUGUAUUACAUCCUAGAAGACUCUCUUUUUCUUCUGAGUGUACAGAGUACUUCAGAGUCUCAGUUUUUCGAAGAUGUAUUUCUUCAUAAUGUCACAGCCAUCACAGUAGAUUGGAUUGCAAGACAUCUCUUUGUUGCCCUGAAAACAUCAUGGAAUGAAACUCAAGUAUUUUUUAUUGAUCUGGAGCUCAAGACGAAGUCCUUAAAAGCCUUGAACAUACAGUUGAGUAAACGUAAUUCAACUAUAUCAUCUCUACAGUCAUAUCCUUUUUUAAGCCGCUUGUAUUGGAUUGAAGAGCUUGAUCAUGGCAGCCGCAUGUUUUAUUAUGAUAUACUGAAUAAUACCAUGUACCACAUUUUGGGAUAUGAAUCAGUAGAAGAAAAGAUGAGGAACUACUGCAACUGUAACAUGGCAGAAGCAGAGCUAGGAAGACCUAUGAGUAUAGAUGUAUCUGACAUAAAGGAACCCCAACUGCUGUUUAUCAGAGGAAGAGAUGAAAUAUGGGCCUCAGAUGUGGAUGGUUGCCACUGCUGGAGGAUUACCAAGAUACCAAGUUUUCAAGGUACAAAAAUUGGAAGCUUGACUGUAGAUCACCAAUUUAUAUAUUGGACCGUUGAAACAAAAGAAUACACAGAAAUUUUUCUAGCAAAUAAAGAAAGCACAAGACACUCUCUUCAGAAGAAAGCAAAUCAUGUGCUGAAAAUCUUAGCCUACAGCUCAGCAAUGCAAUCAUAUCCAGAUAAGAGGUGCCUGACUCCAUUACUAGACAAUGAGAAACCUACUAUCCUUGAUACAACAAACACUAGUUUUACGUUAAGCUUACCAUCUGUAACAACACAGCAGCUAUGCCCCAGAAUAUCCCAGCCUACACCAACAUAUCUGGUAUUUUUCAGAGAAAUGACUAACAACCAUGAGAACUUGACCUACCAUUUCUCUACUAUACAGCAAAAAACUUUGGAAAUUCAGGAACCUAUUGCUGUCAUAAGCAACCUAAAACCAUUUUCAAGCUACGCCAUACAAGUUGCGGUGAAAAACUACUAUUCAGAUCAAAACCAGCUGGCUCUAGGUGGAGAGACAAUCGGCACAACUCUAUGUGGAGGUUUGUUUACAUUUUAUUCUGGUUUUGAACAUAAUUCUCAUCUUAAAGAAAUGUUUGGAUAGCAAGUCAGAAAGUAGUGAAAUUUUCUGCUCAAAUUGUAACCUAUGUAUAUGACCAAACCGAUGACCAAACCUGGUGGAUCUGUAAGAGUCAAAAGAAAUACGUAUGUUCUUUAAUGUUUUCACUCACUGUCCUCCUGAGGAAAGAUAAACUAUGCAUAAAAAUGACAAAGCUACAGUUUUUGCCUUGGACCACAUUUUAAAUAAAUAGUGUUAGCAUGGAUGUGUGAUUAUAUAUGUUUAAAUGUGUAUGGUAUAGGCAACAUUAAG